CGCGCUCGUCCUAAUACAGCCGAUCGCGGCUGGCUGGGCCAUGCCGUUUGCACCGUUGAUCUCCAAGUACGGGAGACCAGCCAGAUGGUUCCUGUGUUGUGUUAUGUGUGUGUGCACUCGGUCUUCCACACUAUCAUUCUGAUUCUCGCCAAAUAUACUCCAUGUUUCCAGCCCUGUACACUGCGAGCACGGUGUGUGUGUGUAGUGAGCACAAACAGGCAACUGCACGAUGCCCGCGAUCGACAAGCACCAACAUUUAUAACAUUCACUGGGAAAGAUAUAUUAUAUAUGUACACCAACAUGUAUGAUCAGCACAACCCGACGUCGUCGUAUAAAUCGACGCGGCAUUACUCAGUUUGUUUCCCGAGUCAAAAAGACAAACCGACCUAUUUGUCUGGAAUUUGAAUAAUGUUGAUACGUAAUAUGCUACUUAAUAUUAUGCAUACAACGCGCGCUGCUUACGUCGGCUAAGCGAUCGUUAGCUAAUUUUCUUCAAUCGCUGGUAAUUUUACUCACGGCUUUUUCAUAUAUGUUUGACAGAAAUAUUUGUGCAUCUUUGUGCAGUGUAGGAAAUAUUUUAUGGGUGUUCACAAUCAAUCAAAUAUGUGACACGCGUUGUUAUACACGGCCAUUAUGCUGAUGAAAUCCAACUGCGAACAAGUUUUCCAUCUGCGGUGACAAUUUGUGCGGUGUGUAUGUAACCGGGAUGAAGUAGAGCACAUUGGGAUUUGCAUUGCCCCCUCGAUUGCAAUUUCAUUACCGCUAUGACAAGGAUUGUAUUGUGCUGGCCGUAUGCGGCCGUAAAUUAAUGGAUAUGUACAUAGAUUGCGAGCAGCUAGCCGUCGCCGCCAACAUCUUGGCAGCUCUCAGCCGGUGAAUGACCACAGCGCGAGCAUGCUGUUACGGUGGAAUUUUGUGUUUAUAAUAAUUAUUAUUUAUGGGUUAUGCUGCGGAGUGGCAUUGGGUCAGGAGGAUACAUUAUCCAGUAUAUUACAGCGUAUGGAAGGUAUUACCGCGGAGAAAUCCGCCUGUCCACAUUCCCUUUCCAAGUAUAAUCUAACAAUUCCCGAUUCCUUGCUCAAUACACAAUUCCACCGUGAAACCGCGGCGGUGCGACGUUUAGCGCGAUUGUUAAACAGCUUUUUGUCGUACCAUGUGGGAACGGGAGUUGCGUAUAAGGAAUCAGUAGCGAGUAAAUUUCAGACGGUUGAACAAGUGGCCCGUUCAGCGGUUAAUUUACUUUUGGAAUCUGAAGUGAAAAUCAAAAGAACGCAUGUCUGCUGGAUAAAGGAUGCCUCGACGGCAACGGCAGGUGCAGCCGGCGGAUUGGGGAAUAUGGAUAAUUUCAGCUGUCGUUAUUUUCUCAGGAGUACAUCGUCAUUGACAUCGUCCGCGUCGGCGGAUCAGCCAGCGGUGCUAAUAACAUCAGCACCAGCUACCGGCAGCUCCCAAGUCCAGCCCGCUAUUAGCACUGCACACCCGGCGACCGCACAAUCAAUAAGAGAGAAGGAAAAAAAUUCAGCUUCACUUAUCCGUGAUGUGCUGCAAUCUAACACUCUUCUCAGGAAUGAAUUUCAAGCGGGAUGGACGGCGCCAUAUUUCGACUGCAGUGGCUCUUGGCUCAUUACGUACUUAGUGCUUGUAAACAAUCGCAAGGAUGCCACUUCGGAAAGCGGAAGCCACAUCCCAUACGGAACAUUUGGAAUGGACAUCGAUCUGUUAGCAUAUGUUGAUAUUAAUCAAUGCUCAGACGACGAACACCAUGAAAAUAUUUUUCGAGCCACACAUCGAUGUAAACUGCAAACAACUAUUUGCCACAAUAUUUCGGGUUACGGAUUUCGCCGCGGCGGUUACCGCUGCGCAUGCCAGCCCGGACACUAUUCCCAGUCGGUGGUGACAGAAUUUUCUGGUGCAGAUAUCGAAAGAACCUAUGCGCAGAGUGAAGCCGAAUAUGCUGCCAAUUUCAACUGUUUUCGUUGUGCUCCGGACUGCACGACCUGCACCGAUGGCAACCCUUGCGUCGUGACCUAUGAUAUCGUGGCACGAGGCCUUCCACUGGGUGUCCUGGCAUUUUGCAUUACAUGCGCCCUUUUUGUGGCAGCCGCAGUUUAUCGAUACCGCCGGCGAAAGGUCAUCGCCUCUGCCACCUGGCCUCUCCUGGAGAACAUUAUUAUGGGAGGCAUAUUAGUUUAUUGCAGUGUGAUAAUUCGUUAUUUUCCUCCGACAUUUGAACGGUGUAUGGCCGAGCCAUGGCUUCGUGAACUGGGAUUUAUGCUGUUCUACUGUGCUGUGAUAUUAAAACUUUACAAAGUCGUUACGGAGUUUCGCACACGAAAAGCCCAUUGUGUGUAUGUUCGGGACAAAGAUUUGGUGAAAUAUCACAUUGGCAUCAUCCUCAUCACCAUUGCUUUCAUGUCAGCCUGGACCAGUAUUAGCAUGGAUCUGCAUCGGGAAGGCAAAGAGAUCCUUUUGACGCUCGUCAGUACAAAUCGACGCCGACAUACCAUCUGUCGGCUUCCCUGGUGGGAUUACGUGGCGGAAAGCUGUGAAACUCUCAUAUUGCUCUGGGGAAUUUACCUGAGUUAUCUUGCUCGAAACUCUAAAACGUUGUACAUGGAAAGGAAGCUGCUCACCGCCGCGAUAUGCGUCGAACUGCUGGUUUCGGGCAUUUUUUAUAUCAUAAGACAUGCCGUAUGGUAUGACGUCCAUCCAGAUGUCAUCUACCUUCUGUAUUUUGGAAGGUCUCAGUUAACUAUUACGGUUAACCUUUUCGUUAUAUUCGGAGGAAAGAUAUGGUAUAUUUUUCGACCCCAAGACGAUCCUUUCCGUAAGAACCAAGCGCAAGGCACGCAAGGACGUCCGGCAGAGAUGGAGAAGUUGCAUGAUGGCAUAUUUGCCGGUGAUUUGGAAUUGAAUCAAAUUCCCCUGGCCAAUAUGGAUCACGGAGAAAUUCGCAUGGAGCUACGGCGUCUUUAUGCUCAAAUGCAAGUACUUAAAACUAAAGCCAUGCGACAAGACAAUCCUCAUAUAUCAAAAAAGAAAGGCGGUCGAAAAAUGCCACAUCGAAGAUUUUCCAUCCAAGCUUUCAGUUCCCGAACCAGGCAUCCGAAAUAUGACGAAGAAACCACAGCCGUUAAGACACCAGAAGAAUCGUCAGGCAGUGUCGAUAAUUAUCAUGCCGAUGCUCCAACGACGAUCUAUGAAGAUGAGCCCUAUAAUUCCCCACUUCACUCGGCGGUUGCUAAUGUUGUCAAUUCCGUUAUCAACAAAAAAGGAACAAAUCAGCACGUUGGCGUAACGAAUCUGUGAUGAUCCACAACUGGGAUGCGUGUAAUUCGUAUACCAAAUAAAUUUGAUACCAAAUAAUAUUUAGUUAUUUUUACUUUGUUCAGCUACAGUUAGUCUUCGUUGUGUACCUUUUUGUAUUGUUGAAACCGAUCGUGAACAAAUAAAUCGA